AAAGCAUCAAAACAAGCAACACCUAUCCUAUCUGCACAAAAUAGCCAGCCAGCUAACUUUCGUUUUAGUCUUGAAAAUAAGUGUUGUGUGCUGUGAUUUGAGUAAAAAUAGGAAAAAAAGUUUAAAGUAACAAGCGACCAAUUAAAUAAAAAGUCUUAAUAAACAGAAACAUGUUUAACUAAAGCAACGUUUGUUGCAAUAAUUUGGCACAAACAACUAAUAAAACCACAAAAACAACAAAUAUUGUAAAAAAUGUCCCAGUUUACGGAAUAUGUGGAGCCAACAUGGCGUGGUCUUAAUAUGCGGCAGUUGAAAGUGGACGAAGCUUAUUUGAUUGCAAAAAACUUCUACCACAAGGUUACUUAUUUGUACACUCUGUCUGAGCAGUGCUAUACGUGUCCCUAUACAAAGGUUAAGGCUUUGCAUCCACAACAAACCAACGAUGACAACAUCACACAUUUAACAACCACUCUUAAUGUGGCUUACAAUAUGAAUUUUAAAUUGUUCGAUUAUGAUGCCGGACGUUAUGCCUUUAGCAAUGAAACGGCCUUGUGUAUUUCUGAACAAAGGCAUUUAAAGGAAUUUGGUGUUUAUAACUUUACUUUAAAUGCCAAUGGUACUUGUAACUGGGAUAUCGAUAAGGAUGGCGUGAAUAUUUAUUAUUCAUUGCUAUCUGUCUUUUUAUUGGUGGCACUGAUUUUGUCGAUUCUAAAGAUAUCAUUAUGUGCUUGGCGUUCGUAUCAUUACGAGGAAGAAGUUUUAGAGAAUGUCGCGGGAAGUGGGACUACCGCCGGAACUGUACAGCAACGCAAUCGAAUGCGAAGUUUAGAUGUUUUUAGGGGAAUGGCUAUUGUCCUGAUGAUUUUCGUGAACAGUGGCGGUGGAGACUAUUGGUGGAUUGAGCAUGCUCCGUGGAACGGUUUACAUUUAGCUGAUGUUGUUUUCCCAUCAUUCCUAUGGAUUAUGGGAGUUUGUAUACCCAUAUCAAUAAAGUCACAGCUAUCUAGGGGCAUAACGAAGGCACAGAUAGCUUUCCGCAUACUUUGGAGGUCUAUAAAACUUUUCUGCAUUGGACUUUGCUUGAAUUCAAUUAAUGGACCUAACUUUGAGAAUUUGAGAAUAAUGGGCGUUCUACAGCGAUUUGGCAUUGCAUAUCUGAUGUGUGGUAUUAUUCAUACAGUUUUCGCUAAAAAGGAUCACCUAGAACCACAGGUGACGUGGAGGCGGGCCUUGUACGAUUUAAUUUCUUUUAAAGGUGAGCUGAUGGUGGCUUUUGCCCUUAUCGUUAUACACUUGUCUAUUGUGUUUGGAUUGCAUGUCCCCGAUUGCCCGAGAGGCUAUUUAGGUCCUGGAGGCAAGCACGCUAAUGCAUCUUAUGCAGGAUGCAUUGGUGGAGCUACCGGUUAUAUUGAUCUGCAGAUUUUGGGCAGCUCACAUAUAUAUCAACAUCCCACAGCAAAGUAUAUCUAUGAUUCAAAGCCAUUUGAUCCCGAAGGAAUUUUUGGUUGUUUGCUGACCAUCGUGCAGGUUCUCUUCGGUGCUUUAACGGGCGUGGUUAUAUUAAUGCACACUGAUUGGCGAGCUCGAAUCACUCGUUGGCUAUUAUGGUCCAUGUUUCUCACAAUUAUAACAUCGAUUUUAAGCGAGUUCACCAAGGAGUCUGGUGUAAUUCCUAUCAAUAAGAAUCUCUGGUCCUUAUCAUUUGUUUGUGCCACCACUGCGUUAGCCUUUACAGUUUUAAGUAUUCUGUACUACAUCAUUGAUGUGCGUCAUUGGUGGACGGGAUAUCCAUUUGAAGCGUGUGGCAUGAAUGCCAUCAUAAUGUAUGUUGGACAUACGGUAAUGCAUAAGAUGCUUCCCUGGCAUUGGCGCAUUGGUGCUAUGAAUACUCAUUUCCUGCUACUGCUAGAAGCCGUUUGGAAUACUCUUAUGUGGAUUGGAAUAGCCAUAUAUUUGGAUCAUAUCAAUUUCUAUUAUAGUUUAUAAGAUUUAUGUCCCAAACACAUUUCCUAUUUGUUUUUAUGGAAUUU